AUGCAGAUACCAGACAACAUGCCGAACCUUCAUUCCCAACGAAACUCGAACCUGGUCGACAUUGUUGACUCGCUCCGACGCCAAGGGAUAGGUCACUACAUCAAUUUACCACAAAUCAUCGUAUGCGGCGAUCAAUCCUCGGGCAAGAGCUCAGCGCUCGAAGCCAUCUCCGGAGUAGCCUUCCCCGCCAAGGAUACCGUCUGCACGCGAUUUGCAACCGAGCUCGUGCUUCGACGAGCUCCGGCCGAAAGCAUCAACGUCACCAUCAUCCCCGGAGAAGGCCGCUCCCACGACGAAAGGGCCAAGCUCGCAAGCUUCAAGCCCGCCAUAUCUUCCUCCCAGCUGGAAUUAGGAGACAUCAUCGAGGAGGCGAAGCAGCCGCACCUCACCAUCGUCGACCUCCCCGGCCUCUUCCGCGUCGGAAACCGCGAGCAGGCCGCGCAGGAUUCCGAGGUCGUCCGAUCGCUCGUCCUCUCGUACAUGAAGAGCGAGCGGGCCGUCAUCCUCGCCGUGGUGUCCGCCAAGAGCGAUUUCGCCUUGCAAGAGGUCACGCAUCUCGCGCGGCAGCUCGACCCGGACGGCGACCGAACGCUGGGCCUCAUCACCAAGCCGGAUACGUUGGACCCGGGGUCCGAGAGCGAGAUGUAUUACCUUCAGCUGGCGCAGAAUAAGGAUUUUUGA